UAAUUUAGGCAAAAAAAAAGGGACAACAGAACCCUCUUCUUCUCUAGUAUCUCUCUUUGCCAAUUCUGGAACUCCAUUUUUGAAAAUCCCACUUUUCUCCCUCAAAUCCCCAAAACCCCCAAAUUAUUCGAAACCCUAGGCAUUUCUCUUCUCCCCAUCGCACAUUACACAACACAAUCAUCACUUACACAAACCUCUAUGUAUAUACACACUUGAGGAUUUGAUCUAAGAAGAAGAGUUUUACGAUUUUGCCCCGCCGGAAAAUGGCGUCAACUAAGCUGAUGGCUUCAUCGGCCUCGCGGAAUUCCGAUCGAAGGAAAUCGUCGGCGGCUUCGUCGUCUUCAUCCUCUACGAUGCCGAAUGAUUUGCUGAAUCAGCAGUAUUCUAAUAACGGGAGUAAUAAUAGUAGUAAUUUGGAGGCGACUUCCAUGACGGUUGAUGGAUUUUUACGGAAUGUGUAUGGGGAAGGUCAGGGGACGGAGGCUAAUACUUUGUUGAAUGCGAAUAUUACGUUACUUGAUGCUGCUGGAGCGAUAACGCCGAUCAGUGAUUCCGAGACAGCGACGGUUAGUGGGAUACCUUUGGUUAGGAGGACGGUGGAUGAUGUGUGGAGGGAAAUUGUGGAGGGGAAGAGGGAGCAGAGAAGGGCCGCAGUUGCGGGAUGUAAGGAGGAGGCAGUGGAUGAAAUCAUGACGUUGGAGGAUUUUUUGGUGAAAGCUGGAGCAGUUGAGGAGGAGGCACUGGCUGGGGAGGGGCCAGUGCAAGGUGAGGUGAAGGUUGAACUAGGAACUGAGAGGUUGAGUGGUGGAAUUUUUGCAUUCGAUUCCCCAUACAUGGCCAUGCCGCAGCAGAGCGUGCAAGGAUAUGGAAAUGGAAUAGAUGUGAUUGGAGGUGGAAGAGGGAAGAGGAAAGCCAUUUUGGAACCUUUAGAUAAGGCGGCUCUGCAGAGGCAACGUAGGAUGAUUAAAAACAGAGAAUCAGCUGCCCGGUCUAGAGAACGGAAACAGGCUUAUCAAGUGGAACUUGAGUCAAUAGCAGUUAGAUUAGAGGAGGAGAAUGAACAGCUGUUGAAAGAGAAGGAAGAGCGAACCAGAGCACAUUAUAAACAGUAUGGGCCUGAUUAAUGCGCUAUUAAUGCAUAACUAGCUGGUUCUGGCAAGUUACACUGAAAGAUAAUAGAGAAGGUAAUUCCAGUUGUGGAGAAGCGAAAACCGCCUCGUGUCCUGCGAAGAGUGUGCUCCAUGCAGUGGUAAUAUAUCGUUUUGCCACAGGCAUAGUUUAAAAUUAAUGCCUUCUGAUAUAGAUACAGAAUAAAGGAGCCUAGCCAUGCUGGGGUUAAGUGAUAUAACAUCAGGAUGGAUAAUUUAGCAGAUGGUGAUUUUUUGAGUGAUAGUGCUUCCUUUGUAAAGAGCAGUAUCAUAUAGUAUCGUGACCUGGAAAUCUAUGACAGAAUCUAAUAUUUAUGUAGUGGGGAGGGAGUUCGUUGAAAUCCGAACAAUUAUUUAGUUAGUUGUAGUUAUAGUGUAAAUGCUGCCUGCCUCACUUGUUAGAUUGGAUACAAGCUAGCUUGGGAACGAGUGACUAAUAUUUAGUAUUUUUUUUUUUUGGUCAAUAGCUCGUUUAUAGCAUUUGCUCGCAAGAAUGACAGUGAUAUCAUCUCA